GUGAAAGGAAAGUGCUUUACGUCCCACCGUAGCUCCUGCAGAAAGCCUUUACGCGCAAGGGAAACGAAGCAGCGGUGGUAAGCAACGAUAGCGUCCACUACUGCUUCCGUCUCUGCGCCCGUGUUCCAUCAACGAUGAAUUCCGUAUUUUCUGCAUUUAAAGCUUCCUCGACAGCCGCGACGCCUUCGUCCGCGGCGACAGCGAAUUCCAACGGUGUCGUCGGGGUUGGUCCGACAUCCGGAGGAAGCCACGACCAUACCAACGGCAACGGCGGUAUGGUUCUCACGAACGGCACCCUAAUGGGUUCGAAAUCCACCCCAACGUCGUCCUCAUCCACCUCCUCAAAGCUGCUGCUCAACAUCAAAACCCAUCGGCCAGCGGUGGCCGACCAUCCGCCCAACAGCAGCUACGAGAAGCUACGACACAUACGCGAGAUCAGCUGCACCAACCGAAACAACAGUCUCGUCGUUGGGCUGGAUGGGGAGCUGGAUGUAGUGCCCGCAGCAACUACACCGGAAGAUACCUCGGUAGCAACCACACCCGUCCAGAGUCCUACGACGCUCGACGACAAGUGUCUCGGAACGGCGGACACCUUGGAUGCGUCGGCAGACUCCACCACCUGCCUGCUGCUAAAUGGCAGCAGUGGACCACGGAUCGUAAGCGUCGAUCAGGUGGACAACCACCACCAUCAUCCUCAUCUGAGCAGCGGUGCCGGACUGGUGAAUGGUACCGGUAAACUGCACCAAGCAAAGGCUGACACAACGACCAAGAGUGAUAGCAGUAGUAGUAGCAGCAGUAGUAGUAGCGGCGGCAACAGCGUUAGAGCAACCGUAGCAGUAGCUAGUAGUGGCAACAACAACAGCAAUGAAAAUGAGUUGCUGCCGAAGAAAAAGAGCGCCUCCACCUCGUGUACGGACCUCGGAACGACACUGGCGCCUCUCGCAAUCAAACCCCCAUCAGGUGCUUCCCUGUCGAACUCGUCCUCCGGUGCCAUCGCUUCGGUGGAUGGUACUGCGUCCAAUGGUACGAUUGCGAGUAUGCCACCACGGUUCCACAAGCCAAGGUUAAGCCUGAGCAACAGCUGUGGCGGUGGAGGAAACAGCGGUCUCUCCACCAGCAGCAUGCCCUCGGUUCAUGGACGCACCGGACCAAAUGCGAACGGUGGAUCGUCCUCGUCCGGAAUGCCACCGCCAAAGACGAGACUAUCAACGCACCAAAGAAAUCUUAGUUUAGACUUUAGAUCAAUGGGAAUUCUCUUACCUCCAGUGUCGCAGGUGACCAACAAUCGCAUCAACAUGACCCAACAUCACCGGAAUCGAAGUUUAGAUAGUGCCCUGCAAAGGAUACCGGAGGUGGAAGUGUCCUCACCGAGCGCAGAAUCGGAAAAUACGCUACAUUGCACGAACGGCAUACUGAGCGGUACGAUGUGCAGCAAAAUCAUCCAAUCCUCGUCCACCAAUCCGACCAACACACCGAGCAAUAGUGGUCGAGGAAUUACCUCAAUCUCUAUUGCCGGCACUACUGCAAAAGGUGGUUCGAGCGGCAUCGAACCGGAAGCAGAAACGGUUGUAAUAGCAGCUGCCUCAACCACCAACAGUACGCAUCAUCAACCGAAUCGGCAACAGAUGAGCAGAAAGGUGGACAUCCUAGAGCAAGCUGCUACGCUAAGGGCCCUUAAAAGCUGUCAUUCCACGGAUGCCGAAACGAUCGUAACUUCGAUUGUGAAGGAUAGUGACAGCAAAAAGCGGGAAGAUCUUACGAGUCUUGGAUCGGAUGACUCUGGCAUUAUUUGUGGCUCGGAACCUGAUCACACCUCGUUGACGAGAAUUCGCCGAUCUAGGGAAAGUCUUGACUCGGGCGAGAUUGAUCCGUCGGAGGAGGAAUGCAUCGAGAUAUUGGAAACCACCUCGAUGGAGGAAGAGUACCGGAUGCUACAAUCCGACCUGUGUUUCUACCCUACAACCAUGGAUCGAACGGUGAAAGAAGACGGAAGCGACUCAGACAUGAGACCGCUCGACAACUGCAUUGAACCUCAGCAGCAUCCACAGCAGAACACUCUAACAUCUGCCGGAUCAGGUGUCAGCGGACCGGUGAGCGAUAAAGUUCGCUACCGGCAGCAAAACAUGACCCGUGCUGCCAUCAUGCUCGAGAAACUGUUCGUUCCGAUUCACUAUGAAGACGGCGAGAAUGGUCCGGUAGCAACAGGUGGAAAUCUCGGCAAUGAAGAGGACGAGAUGCUUGCCCAUCCGGAUGCAACGACACCGAUCGUUACCGAAGGGAAAUGUUUGACGACACCUACGAACGCCUUGACAAUAACAACGGUUCCCUUUGUUCAGCAACCUGCUUCCACUAUCGUGCCAAGUACGGCGGUCAGUCCGAGUGAGACAAAAGCUGCCAUUAACGAUCCUCCCAAGAACGAUCAAAAGAAUGAAGUGAUGUUUCGGAACUUUUUCGGUGCAACCAAGAAUGCCAUCUUCCGGACGGCGCAAAGCAUUAUCGAUAAUCAUGAGAAGAAGCAUGCGAAGCAGCGAGAAAAGCAAGCUGCAACGAAUACGACACCGGAAGAAGCUGGUCCUGUAACGACCGGAAGUGCUGGAGUUGCUGGUGCAUCGUCCAGCAGCACUUUCAAUACUACAGUCAAAUCCCCAACGGAGCUGCUGAAAAAGCGUGAAUUUGGUAGUAUGUUCGCGAGAAGCAGCAACAGCAGCAAACAUCAUAACCACAACCAGCAAAGCAGUAAUACUAGCAGCAACACCACCAGUGUCGUCACACCGACCGCAACCACCACGACAACAACCUCAGCGUCGAUGGAAUUCGAUACAACUUCUUCAUCGACAGAGAGCGGUGGCAGUCAGUUAAACAUUCCCAAAGCGUCCCUUUCGAAAUCGUCCUCGACCGCAUCGUUGAAGCUGGUUCCUGGUGUGGCGGUUGCGGCUACUCCUUCCACCUGCAGCACAACAUCCGCUUCCAUCAUACACUGUACCGGCAGUGGACCACGCGACGAAUCCCAGAUUCGCACGGAACGAACGGGACAGAGUGGUCUUUUACGUUUCUUUGAAUCGCCCGUGUUCAACAUACACUUUGCCGUGCACUACCUGUUCUACUCGAAGGAACCGGGUGUGCUGAGCUUUAUUGGCAAUAAGAUCUUCAGCUUCCCGAAUGGUGAGGUGGAUCUGUACAUACCGCAGCUGAUCGUAAUGUACAUGCAGAUCGAAGAGCUGUCCGAAGUGCUCGACCCGUACCUGGUGUACCGGUGCCGACAAUCGGUGGACUUUUCGCUCAAGUGUGUCUGGUUGCUGGAGGCGUACAAUUUCAACACGGAGAUGCUUAGCGGUGCCAGCAAUAGUGUACGUAAACAUUUGAGCUUAUUGCGCGAGCUAUACCCGAAGCGGGAACGAGUGAAGCUAGCGGCUACCGCUGCCCCUAUCACCCCCAGCAGUAGUGAAGUGUUGGGAACGAACAACGAUCCGACUCUACAAGCCCAUCCAGCGUUGUCUGCGGUACGUAAAACGCAUCACCGCUCGCAGUCUGAUGCCACGGGUAUGAUGGGAUUGUUGGCACAACAUCACCAUGCUCAUCACGCUCCAAUAUCCGGAGUGCCCGGUCCUAGCAACCGAUCGCCGGUGUGUCUGGGUGAUUUGAGCACGGGUCGAGCAUUUGACAAUGGCUGCGUGUGUUUCGAAUCCGUGCGAGGCACUGUGAACGAUCUGCUUGGCCAACAGACCGUAUGUUCCUGCGGAGCUCCGAAGCUAGCACCCGAAAAAGAGUUCAUGAAGGCAUUGAUCGACAUCGGCAAGAUGCUCACCUGUCUGCAGACCAAGAUCGAAAAGACGUCCCGUUUGCGCAUUCUUCUAAAUCUAAUCAACAAAAAUCUGCCAGCACGUGUUUGGCUUCCACUCCACACCGAAACUCCUCAUCAUGUGGUGCGCAUCACGGAGGAGAAAACGGCCGUGCUCAACUCGAAAGACAAGACACCCUACAUCAUAUACGUGGAGGUAGUCGAAGUACAAGACAUUUACACGUCACCUGUCAUCCCGAAAUUGAUGCCGACACUGAGGCACACGAAAAGCGAGGAACGGCUUGACAGUAGCAUCAGUGUGAACACGCUAAACACGGACGAAACCAACCCCAAUAAGACUGAACUGAACUCCUCCUGCCAACAAACGAGCGAAGAAUCGACCUCGUCUACUACUGUACCACAAACUGCACCACUACCAGCAACAGUGGCAGUAUCAUUGGCCUCGUCGCGAAGUCGGCAUAGCAAGCUUUCGGAAUGUUCGGCAGAAAACGGAGCGAAUGGUAGUAGUACGAUGGAGCUCGGCCUAACGGAGGAUGAUGUGUGGUCGCAAGAAGACGACGAAAUCACGGCCCAGUAUCUGAGCCUCACGAAAAUGUCUAGUGAUCGGGAUGCGAUAUCGCAGUUCUCUAUCGAUUCGUAUGACUCUCGCGAUCAUCACACUCCUGCUCUGUUUAACAUCGGGGAGGUGAAAAAACGCCACUGUGCCAACCUGAACUCGGAGAAUGCAAAACCCUUCAGCAAUGAUCCAUCGGAUCCAUCCGCUGCUGCGUUAAAAGAACCGUGGCAUGAGAAGGAAAAACAAAUACGAGACUCGUCACCCUACGGACAUCUGCAGUCCUGGAGACUUCUGUCGGCAAUCGUUAAAUGUGGUGAUGAUUUACGACAGGAGCUGAUGGCCACGCAGCUAUUACAGAUGUUCAAGCUGAUCUGGGAGGAGGAAAAAGUGGGACUUUGGGUGCGACCGUACCGAAUCGUCUGUCUCUCGAACGACUCUGGGCUGAUUGAAACGAUCGUGAACACGGUUUCGCUGCAUCAGAUCAAGAAGAAUUCCAACAAGAGCCUGAAAGACUAUUUUAUCGAUGAGUUUGGCGACGUGGAAACGGUUGCAUUCCGUACGGCGCAGCGUAACUUUAUGCAUUCCUGCGCUGCCUACUGUUUGAUCUCGUACCUGUUGCAAGUGAAAGAUCGGCACAAUGGUAACAUCCUGCUGCAUUCCGAUGGACAUCUGAUCCAUAUCGACUUUGGCUUCAUCUUGAGCAUAUCGCCAAAAAAUUUAGGCUUCGAACAGUCACCAUUCAAACUGACGCCCGAGUUUGUAGAUGUGAUGGGUGGUCCAGAGUCGGAGCUGUACUGUGAGUUUAAGUAUCUGCUGCUGGACGGUCUAAAAGCAGCUCGCAAGCAUAUGGAUCGCAUCAUCAACAUCGUGGAAAUUAUGCGAAGCAGUUCACAACUACCCUGCUUCAAAAACGGAUGCUCCGGUACGGUGCGCAAUUUGCGCAAUCGCUUCCACAUGAAUCUGACCGAGCAGGAGCUUGAGCGAAAAGUGGAACAACUGAUCCAGGACUCGCUGAACUCCCUCUCGACCAAACUGUACGAUGGCUACCAGUACAUCACGAACGGAAUCUUGUGAGAGCGAUUCGAUAUGCAUAUUUAAGCGUUAUCCCCUAGAUACGUUACGAAUACGAAAAGAUGAGCAUAAAAAAAUCGGCCAAUUCAAAAACGCUAUUACAAACAGUACAAAUCGAUCGAAAACGGAUCGUGUUUGCCGACUGUGCUGUGUGCGGAAAACAGUGACAGAAAGGAAUUAUCUAAAUUCAAAUAUUUGUAAGUCGGUCCGUUUCUUAUUUGUUCUUUGUGAGAGUAAGAGAGUUGAGAGAAGUUCUGAGUUGCAUUUUCAUACACUUGUUCAAAGAAAUAGGCUUUGAAAGUAGAGUCGUUUUGAAAAGAUACGUGCAAAACUGUAAAAUAUUCUGUUGAAAGCAAUGGAAUGAACAGUAAAGUGUUUGAGGUAGAUAUUUUUUUAUUUUAUUUUUUUUAUGUUCUACAUGUACAUAUAAAUCAGAUAAGGAAAGUAAGUCAGAAUGCCACUCUUAGAAGAAAAAAUAGAUUAAUUCAAUGAUACAAAGGAAAAGUGAAAAUAAACAUACACUUCAAAGUGAUCAGAUCAAAACACAAUGCAAGAAAAAAAAGGAGCAACACAAAAAGUCGUAUUUAGCUUUUUUAAGAACGAGAAACGUUAGCUUUUUACUCUCAAUUUCAUCUGAUGAACAGAAAACACGUGUUUGCUCUUGUACAUGUAAUGUGAUGAACGUAAAAUACUAACAAGCGAUCAGUUCAUAAGCGGUUAGAGAAGGAAUCGAAUUCAGGAACAAGAAAGCCCUCCAAACCUACUUUCCCCGUUCGGUGUAUGUACACUCAAGCAGUUAAUUUUUGGCGCCCCUUACCUAUAGGGUGUUUGGAUGGAAGAACGCCUGUGCAGAAAGGACGAUUGGAAUCGUAGUGCAGAAAUCAAAAAGCGACUGUUUAGUAUGAUUAGCUUUUAAAAAUACGCGUGCAGCCAUACACUCAAACAACUAUUAACAACCAAACACAGGGAUGUUGCUUAGUAAAGGGUGAAAACGAAACAAAAAAAAAACCGGCAGUGGGUGGUUAUAUGUUAUUGUCGUUACGUUUGUCGCAUCGUGUGCAUGCAGGGGUUCGCUUAAACACAGCAAAAAGCCCCCCAAUACCACUACACCGAACAUAAAUGUAUACUCUUGUUUCCGUUUUUUGCAUUAGGUAGAGUAAUAAUGAUAUUGCAAGUUUUGGAAACUUGUAUCUACGCCGCCGCUGUUGUGUACAUAGUUAGAAGCAAUAAUAAGUAACGAAACCACACAUUCAAUUGGGAACGAUGAUAGAGAGAGAGAGAGAGACAGAGAUAAUGAAGGAAACAGAGCAAACGAAGUAGAAACGUUUUGAUUUUUGCUCUCACUUGUUUGUGUGGACAAAAGAUUCGAAAAGGAUAAAAUUUUUAAACUUCCUUAGCAGCUCCACAGUUUAAUACCGUUUCUUCUUCCUUCCUUACAAUGCAGAUACUGAAGAUACUGAAGAGAACACAUGAAAAAAGGCACCAGAAAACUUCCCCUGUUAAAAAAGUUAGUAUAAAAAACAUUACUCUAGGAGUCUCUGCAGUCGCAUGUGGCUGACAUAGGGAAAGAGGGGAUCGAAUCAGCUGCAUAAACACAUACUUACACCCAAUUCUCUCUCUAUCACGCCCUUAAACAACUCUCUACGCUUUUCAUUAUAUCUCUUUGCAUACAUAUUCCUUAACUCUAGUAGAUCCGAGUAAAACGGAAAAUUCUAACCGAGAAGUGCGGAAAACCUGGGAAAUGCGAAUGCGCCCGCCCGAAACGAUAAGAAUACUCAAUGUAAUCAAUAUACACGGUAACGGAAAGCAAAACACAGGAAAACGUUUGAGAUUGGAAAAGCAAAAAAUUGGCGUCGAAAUGUAUGUGAAGGUCUUAAUUCAUUUUUCACUUUUGUUGUUGUGUAUGUUUGGUUUUAUAUUAUUACCUACGGGUGGGUGAAACAACAUGGCAUGGAUACGGAGAAUUAGCAAUAACACUAAUUCGCUGCAUCCAUGAUUGUUUUCCAUGUCAAUGUUUAGUGUGAGAUUAACGUUUACAACGUAACGUAAUACAGCAUUACGGCUUCUCACCAUGGCACGUUUCACCAUAGUGAGUGAGAUGACUUGAGACGAGCGUCACUCAUUCUUUCACUAUAUCCGUGCUAUUAGCUCAUGAGUGAUGGAAAUGUUCGUUUAAAAUCCUUCUCUUAGAAAAAGCAACUAUACAGCGAGCAAAUUAUUUAUAAACCCGGGAUCAAUUAAAUGAAAAAAAGCAAAAAAAAAGUUAAACAAUGUGCUAUAUGUAUAUUCUUAUCAUCCUACGCUCCGGGUUUAAUAUUAUUGCAUCGGUUGAUUCCGUUUAUACACGUAUACUUAUACACAUGUAUUUUUCAUUUUUAAACCAUGAUUUAAGCGGAAAGGAAUGGAAUGAGAAUGUAAAGAGUGUCGGCGCUCGUAUUUCGUUUUUGUACAGCAAGCUAAAUAGUAAAAGUAAGGAAAAAUUCACCGACUGGCGUCUUCUGCGAGAAAAAGGAUCUAGAGAGAAGCAGAGGUGGUUAGGUGCGUAAGGUGUCCCUAUAUGCAUGUUCUUUAACAGUUGGAACAUGUAGGCAAGGGUAGGAACAAGUUCAAGCGAAUGUUGUACGUACGUGCCAAACCGAUUUGAACGGUACGGCCAGACAUGCCUAAUGUUUAGUUGAAAGCGAAACCGGAAGCGAAGUUAGCUUAGGCAAACAUCUAUUAUAAUUAACUUCAGAAGAGAAAAAGGCGGAGGAUGACAGGGGCGCAAGGAGCGACAAUUUAAGGAUGCAUAAAAACAUGCAACAUUACUCACGAUUUUGGAAAGGGGAAACAAAGGAAUACAAUGGAAGGAAAAUUGAAACAUUUUGUCGUCGAAAUUUGAAUAUAAGGUGAAAA